AUGGCUGCUCCACUUAAUCUAGAAGAAGGUCAGUCUUCAACAAGACCUCCUCGUUUCAAUGGACAUUUCUACAGUUGGUGGUAUGUUAGAAUGCAUGAUUUCCUCAUGGCUGAAGAUAGUGAGCUAUGGGAUAACGUACUAGAUGGACCGUUUAUUCCGAUGAUAGAAGAAAAGGAUGGACAGAAAACCAGGCUUGUUCCAAAGCCUAGACAAAAAUAUGAUGAAGCUGAUAGAAAGAAGAUAGAAAAGGGCUACAAGGUAAAAACUCUUCUUGUAUGUGGGCUACCUGAUGAGUUCAAUCGUGUCUCAGCUUGUGAGUCUGCUAAAGAAAUCUGGGAUUGUUUAAAAACAGCUCACGAAGGAACUGAACAAGUCAAAGAAUCAAAGAUUGAUAUGCUCACCUCUUUGUAUGAAAACUUCAAGAUGAAGGAAGCAGAAACCAUUCAUGAGAUGUUCACAAAAUUGUCCUCUAUUACUAAUAAGCUGCGAAGUCUUGGGGAACCUAUCAGUAUGAGCAAGCAAGUCAGGAAAGUGCUUAGAAUUCUUCCAAAGUCCUGGGAAAGCAAGAUUGAUGUCAUUACUGAAGCUAAAGAUCUGAAGGUGCUGACAAUGGAUGCUCUCAUUGGAAAUCUGAAGACUCAUGAGAUGAAUCGAAAUCAUAAUUUGUCAAAGCAGGAAGUCAAAAAAGAUAAGUCCUUGAUGCUGAAAUACAAAUCUGAUGAAGUCUCCAGUGAUGAUAAUAUGGCUUAUCUUAUCAAUAGAUUUCAAAAAAAUGUGAAAAAGAACAAAGGUUUUAGAAGAGGAACGAAUGGUCCUCGAACUGCUACUCAAAAUGAUACCUGCUACAAGUGUGGAAAAGCUGGGCACUUUAUUAGAGAGUGUCCUCUACUCAAAACUGAAAACAAGGAAUAUCAAAAACCAAGAAGUGACAAAGAAAAGAGAAGGGAUCUGGUACUCAAUAAAAAUGAUCGCAAAGCUGCUGCUGACUAUGUGGUCAAAAAGGCUCUUGCUGCAUGGGGAGACUCUUCAAGUGACUCAGAAGAUCCUGAUGAAUCAAAUGAUGUGUCUAUGGUGGCGGUUCAUGAAGAGGAAACAAUAUUACAUGAAAUAACAUUAGCAUAUGUUAUGAUUGAUUCAGUAAUUGAGUUAACCUCUGAAAGAGAUAUUAUGAAUGCUGAACUUGACAGUUUAACUGAAAACAAGGUUAAACUGGAGGAGAAAAUGUCAAAAAUGGUGUCUCUAGAGUCUAACAACACUGAACUUAAAAAACACUUGAAUCAGAUAACUGAAGAAGCUAAAAAGCUAAAUGGAAGGUCAAAUGCUUUACAAGUUGAAACUGAAGAAAAACUGAAAACCACUGAGAAAAAUCUGGGAUUGUCUUUGGAGAAGAGCAACAAAUUAGAAAAGGAUAUUGUCAAACUUAAGGAAGAACUUGAAAAAUCUCUUAAGUGGACAAAAUCCUCUAAGUUGUUGUCAAAUGCAACAAAUCAGAGUAAUUUCAAUAAGAAAGGCCUAGGAAGUUUGAAUAUCACUCCUCCUUUUAACCCUCACAGCAAGGAGAGUGUGCUUGGCUGGAAAAAUUCUCAUGAAAGACUCCCUAAUUACGCUGAAAGGCAAAAAGUAUCAAAAGAGAGACCUGGUCCUCCAAAACAUGUUUCAACUGAUAGAUUUUCAAAGAAAAAAUUUGUCUCUACUCCAAUGUCCUUUGUGAGUGAGAGGAGCAGCAGUCAAUGUUGGUUUAUGGACAAUGGAUGCUCUAAACAUAUGACUGGUGACAUCAAAAAUUUCCUCUCACUCAAGACACUUCAGGGAGGAGGCGUCUCUUUUGGUGAUGGAAAGAAGGGGUACAUUUUGGGAGUUGGUAGAGUGGGUAAGUCUCUUGAAGAAUCAAUUUACAAUGUGUAUCAUGUUGAUGGAUUGAAGUACAGUCUUUUGGGUGUGUCUCAAAUUUGUGACAAGGGACGUGAAGUCAAGUUUACUUCUGAGAAGUGCACUGUGGUUAGUCUAACUACAAAGAAAGUGAUUCUCAUUGCUUUCAGAAGUAAAAACAUGUAUGUGGCCAACUUAGAAACGUCUCAUGGAGAUGAUUUGACAUGUCUUAGUGCUCAAAAUGAAAAUGCUGAUCUUUGGCAUCGCAGGCUAGGGCAUGUGAGCUCAUCUUUAUUGAAUAAACUGAUUUCUAAGGACCUGGUCCGAGAUCUGCCAAAGUUGAAAUUUGCUUAA